AUAAUUUGAUUGUUGGUACCUGGUAUAUUGCAUUUGCGUUUUAAGUUUGGUGAUGAAUUGAUAUGCUUUAAUUCAAGUAAAUGUGUUUCGUCGGAAUAAUGAAUUAAAAUUUACAAUUUUAGUUAUUAUAAACUAAUUUAUCUUAGUGGAACAAUAUGUCUGAUAUAAUACAACCAAAAACUGUUAAGAUACAUAAAUUACCUUUUCUUAUUAAAAAGAAUGCAAUAACAUCGCCUGAUGAAUUAAAAUCUAACUACAAUGUGUUGCUUCGAUGUGUUAAAAAUACAAACAAGAAGUUGUACAAGGAAGACAUAAUAUACAAAACAAGUGAACGAGAUGUAUUCAACGGGAAAUACCCUAACUUAACAAUCACCAAUCGACUAAAUGUAUUAAAAAACAGUAGUAGAACUGUUGCUACUUACACAGGUGAAGAUUCUAAAAUCAUCGAGUUGAGCUCGGAUGCCGUGACAAAAGUCAUAGGGCAAAACAACUACGAUGUAGUUUUCAGUGCUUUGUGCUCAGUGAUAAGUCAAGAUUUAAAAGUUAAGGGUAUACUAGCUUUAUUGAGCCUUGAUGCUAACGUCAGCACAAAAGCUUUGAACGUACACCAAUCCACUCAGACCUAUCAGUCAAGUCGAGAAAUUCUUAUGCGUGAGAAACAACGGAGGCUUAUGAAAAGGAAACAAGUACGACCGUAUAUUGUGCAAGAUGAUAUGCUACCUGAUAAACAGAUGAAAAAAAUUGUUAUCCAUCCGAAGAACCUUAUCGAACCUGAUCAAAUCAAAAAAGAGAAGGCAGACAGGUCGGACGAACAGAGAAUAGAGGAAGAAAAUUGCUCAUACAGCGGAACAGAAGUUAAGAACAAUCAUUUGCCGGAUUUAAGACUUCUGCUUGAUGAAGACAGCAACAUAUCGGACACGAGUGACGGAAAUAUAUCUAUAGGCAGUUGCAACAUACCAAAUAUACUAGAAAAUCCAAAAUCCUUGCUGAUAAACAUAGAUAAAUAUACAGAAGAAACCGUUCCCGAAUACUCAACAAUAGUCACAAUGGACGGAUCACAUGUAAAAAUAAAAGGUAACCCUGAUAUCUUCCACCUGGCGACCCCUGAGGUUUUAAAACAUUUGGAGCCGAGCGAACAGAAAAAAAUAGUUUUGCACCAAGCUUAUAUUGACUGGAAGUAUUGCCUGGAAGAAGAUAAUAAUCAAAAUCUACCGAUACACUGGGCCGUACUCAGGAACGACGUGGAAUUGCUGAAACGACAGUGCCUCGUGUUGAAGAGCCGUCAGGGAUCGGUCGACGUCACUUCCGGGAGUAACAUGACGGCGCUGCAGAUGUCGCUGUUCCAAGACAGCGCGGCGUGCGUGAGCGUGCUGCUGCAGCACGGCGCCGACCCGCUGGCCGCCGACGCCGACGCGCGCGCCGCGCUGCACCGCGCCGCCCGCGCCGCCGGCCCCGCGCUGCGGGCGCUGCUGCGCGCCUGCGAGCGCCGCGCCAGAGACAUUUUGAAGCAAAACGACGACUUGUGGAAGCCGCAGUUCGAGAAGAAGACCGACAAAGAGUUGGCCGAUUAUCUCCUGUACAAGAUGUGCGUGAUGUGCGACGACCAAGGGUACACCCCGCUGAUGUUGGCCAGCAAGAUAGGGAAGAGUGAAAACGUUAAGCUUCUGAUACAAGCGGCUCCGACUACUAUCAACAUGAGGAUGCCCAACUGUGGGAACACCGCUUUGUACAUUGCGGUGACCGCCGCCUGUCUGGAUUGUUACGGCAGCGAGAACAAGUCGGAGGUGGCGCCGAACUUCUACGAAACCAUCGGCGCGCUGGUGGAGGGGGGCGCCGACCCCACCAUCGACAACGACUCGGGCAGCAACGUCAACCUGCUGCUCACCGAGUUCUCCAUCGGCAAGCUGUCCAUGCUGAUAGCCAACAAGCUGACGGCCGCCAAGUACUUCGACGGGAACAAGCUGAAGGACUUCAACUCUUACAUGCUGGUCAAGGACUCCGAAGGUAAGGUCAACCUGAAGGAACUGAAGUCCCCCAAGGAACCGAAGGAGCCGGUGGAGGCGCACAUCAUAACGAUCGGCCCCGAACGCCAACCGAAGCGAAAGAACAACUCGGUGAUCGUCAAACCGAAGAAGAAGAGUAUUCCGGUCGUGACGCAGCUGGUGUCGCUCGCGCAGCAGCGGAACAGGCCCCUGAUACUGAAGAGGGUGGACCCGUUGGCGGGCGCCAUCGAGGCCCCCGGCGCGGCGACGCUGGCGGCGGCGCUUCCCCUGAAGUUCGUGAAGAUCUUGCCCAAAAUCGACGCCAACAGCGCCGCACAGAACUCGACGCCGCCCACGACGCCCUCGACGCCCUCGACGCCCACGACGCCCACGACGCCCACGACGCCCGUUAGCGUCAUUAAGCGAGCCAAACAAUCUUCGAAAUUGAACAAAAGUUCCAAGAAAAUUAAACUUUAACUAAGUUAUAUCUGUGUUCAUGUUGAACAUGAAUCUCAACAAAUGUCCGGUUACGGUAUUCAAGAGACGUUUAGUUUUGAUUACGGAUAGUAUUUUUGUCGACGAGGCGUUCAGCUAACUUUUACUCGCUACUUACAAAUCGGAAAGCUACGAGUGGCGAGUGGUGGCCGCCGGAGACACUGCAAGUGAGCGAAACGAGUCGUUUAUUCAAUAAAGUGACCGGACUUUAAUGUACCGUUUGUGUUCGAGUGAUCGUCACGUAGUUACGUUUCAUAUUUUGUUUUUAUCGAGCUUCGUUCGUUCGAACAGAUGCAUUCAUUUAAUAUGUAUAUAUAU